AUGAACCUCUCAUCAGUGACAGGUCUUCUCUCUUUCAGUGAUGAACCUCCCAUCAGUGAACUUCUGUCUUCUCUCCCAUCAGUGACAGGUCUUCUGUCUUUGAUGUGUUUGAUGAACCUCCCAUCAGUGACAGGUCUUCUGUCUUUGAUGAACCUCCCAUCAGUGACAGGUCUUCUGUCUUUGAUGAACCUCCCAUCAGUGACAGGUCUUCUGUGUUUGAUGAACCUCCCAUCAGUGACAGGUCUUCUGUGUUUGAUGAACCUCCCAUCAGUGACAGGUCUUCUGUCUUCUGUCUUUGAUGAACCUCCCAUCAGUGAUGAACCUCCCAUCAGUGACAGGUCUUCUGUGUUUGAUGAACCUCCCAUCAGUGACAGUGACAGGUCUUCUGUCUUUGAUGAACCUCCCAUCAGUGACAGGUCUUCUGUCUUUGAUGAACCUCCCAUCAGUAACAGGUCUUCUGUGUUUGAUGAACCUCCCAUCAGUGACAAGUCUUCUGUCUUUGAUGAACCUCUCAUCAGUGAGAGGUCUUCUCUCUUUGAUGAACCUCCCAUCAGUGACAGGUCUUCUGUCUUUGAUGAACCUCCCAUCAGUGACAGGUCUUCUGUCUUUGAUGAACCUCCCAUCAGUGACAGGUCUUCUGUGUUUGAUGAACCUCCCAUCAGUGACAGGUCUUCUGUCUUUGAUGAACCUCUCAUCAGUGACAGGUCUUCUGUGUUUGAUGAACCUCCCAUCAGUGACAGGUCUUCUGUCUUUGAUGAACCUCCCAUCAGUGACAGGUCUUCUGUCUUUGAUGAACCUCCCAUCAGUGACAGGUCUUCUGUCUUUGAUGAACCUCCCAUCAGUGACAGGUCUUCUGUGUUUGAUGAACCUCCCAUCAGUGACAAGUCUUCUGUCUUUGAUGAACCUCUCAUCAGUGAGAGGCCUUCUCUGACAGGUUUGAUGAACCUCCCAUCAGUGACAGGUCUUCUGUCUUUGAUGAACCUCCCAUCAGUGACAGGUCUUCUGUCUUUGAUGAACCUCCCAUCAGUGACAGGUCUUCUGUGUUUGAUGAACCUCCCAUCAGUGACAGGUCUUCUGUCUUUGAUGAACCUCCCAUCAGUGACAGGUCUUCUGUCUUUCUGA